GCCAUGAGUUUGCCUCUGAAUCCAAAGCCCUUCCUCAAUGGGCUGACUGGGAAGCCCGUGAUGGUGAAGCUGAAGUGGGGGAUGGAAUACAAAGGCUAUCUUGUCUCUGUCCACAGCUACAUGAACACGCAGCUUGCAAAUACAGAAGAAUAUAUUGAUGGUGCAUUAUCUGGACAUCUUGGUGAAGUUCUGAUAAGGUGUAAUAAUGUCCUUUAUAUAAGGGGUGUGGAGGAGGAGGAAGAAGAUGGAGAAAUGAGAGAAUAAACUAUUGCUUUUGGAAACAUUUUUAAA